UCAUGACGCUCAUGAAGUUUACUGUAUGAAGCCUUCAGAAGUCGAACAUAGCAACACCUGAGCGAGCUAACAUCGCCCUAUGCUGCCAGGGCAGUCUACCAUGAGAAGUGUUGUGCAGGAGCAGGGGAGUAAUAGAGUGACCGGCAUAUAAAGAGAAACACAAAAAGCCUUCCAAAUGGUGAUUAUGUCAGGCACAGCCACUGUGCUGCAACAGUUUGUCAGUGGGCUGAAGAGUCGAAAUGAAGACACCAGAGCAAAGUCUGCCAAAGACCUGCAGCACUACGUGACUACAGAACUCAGAGAGUUAAGCCAAGAUGAAGCCACUACAUUCUACGAUGAGUUGAAUCAUCACAUAUUUGAGCUGGUUUCCAGCUCAGAUGUAAAUGAGAAGAAAGGAGGGAUUCUUGCAAUAGUGAGUCUGAUCGGAGUUGAGGGAGGCAAUGCCACCAGAAUCAGCCGCUUCGCAAACUACUUGCGAAACCUGCUCCCCUCCAGCGACCCCGUGGUUAUGGAGAUGGCCUCUAAAGCCAUGGGGCACCUCUCGAUGGCGGGGGACACCUUCACCGCUGAGUAUGUGGAGUUUGAGGUGAAGAGAGCGCUGGAGUGGCUCGGUGCAGACAGAAAUGAAGGCAGGCGUCACGCUGCGGUGUUGGUGUUGAGGGAGCUGGCUGUUAGUGCACCCACCUUCUUCUUUCAGCAAGUUCAGCCCUUCUUUGACAACAUCUUCUACGCAGUAUGGGACCCCAAGCAGGCCAUCCGAGAAGGUGCUGUGUCUGCACUGCGGGCCUGUCUCAUCCUCACCACACAGAGGGAGACCAAAGAGAUGCAGAAACCACAGUGGUACAAACAAACUUUCGAGGAGGCGGAGAAAGGCUUUGAUGAGACCUUAGCCAAAGAGAAAGGAAUGAAUCGUGAUGACAGGGUCCAUGGUGCUCUUCUGAUCCUGAAUGAGCUUGUUCGCAUCAGCAGUAUGGAGGGAGAGCGCAUGCGUGAAGAGAUGGAGGAAAUCACGCAGCAGCAACUGGUCCAUGACAAGUACUGCAAGGAGAUGAUGGGAUUCGGAACCAAGCCACGCCACAUUACACCCUUCACCAGCUUCCAGUCAGUGCAGCCGCAGCAGUCCAACGCCCUCCUGGGCCUGCUGGGCUACAGCACACCUCAGGGCUUCCUCACCUUCGGGGCUGCACCAGCACCUGCCAAGAGCUCGCUGGUGGAGAGUCGAUACUGCAGAGAGCUGAUGGAGGAGCGAUUCGACCAGGUUUGUCGGUGGGUGCUGAAAUACAGGACCAGUAAAAACCCUUUAAUCCAGAUGACCAUCCUCAACCUGCUCCCACGCCUGGCUGCAUUCCAGCCAAACAACUUCACAGAUCAGUACCUGUCAGACACUAUGGGCUACCUGCUGGGCUGUCUGAAGAAGGAGAAGGAGAGGACGGCAGCUUUCCAGGCUCUGGGUCUGCUGGUCGUCGCCGUCAGGGCCGAAAUCCAGCCGUACCUUUUCAAGGUCCUUGAGAUCAUCAAAGCUGCUCUGCCACCCAAGGACUUCGCACACAAGAGGCAGAAGACCAUGCAGGUGGAUGCCACAGUGUUUACCUGUAUCAGCAUGCUGUCCAGAGCCAUGGGUCCCAGCAUCCAACCUGACAUCAAGGAGCUGCUGGAGCCCAUGCUCGCUGUUGGCCUCAGUCCUGCACUGACGGCGGUGCUGUACGACCUGAGCCGACAGAUCCCACAGCUAAAGAAGGACAUCCAGGACGGUCUGCUGAAGAUGCUCUCCCUGGUGUUGAUGCACAAGCCUCUGCGUCACCCCGGCAUGCCCAAAGGCCUGGCUCACCAGCUGGCCUCACCAAGCCUCACCAACAUCCCUGAGGCCAGUGAUGUGGGCAGCAUCACUCUGGCCCUGCGUACUCUGGGAAGCUUUGAGUUUGAAGGACACUCCCUGACCCAGUUUGUGCGCCACUGUGCCGAUCACUUCCUGAACAGCGAGCACAAAGAAAUCCGGAUGGAGGCAGCACGGACAUGCUCACGUCUCCUUACCCCCUCCAUCCACCUGAUUAGUGGUCAUGUUGUCAGCCAGACAGCUGUGCAGGUUGUUGCAGACGUCCUCAGCAAGCUGCUGGUUGUUGGAAUCACCGACCCAGAUCCAGACAUACGGUACUGUGUACUGGCCUCUCUAGAUGAACGUUUUGAUGCUCACCUUGCGCAGGCAGAGAACCUGCAGGCCCUGUUUGUCGCUCUAAAUGAUGAAGUAUUUGAGAUCAGAGAGCUGGCCAUCUGCACCAUUGGACGCCUCAGCAGCAUGAACCCUGCCUUUGUCAUGCCCUUCCUACGCAAGAUGCUCAUCCAGAUCUUAACAGAGUUGGAGCACAGUGGAGUCGGCAGGAACAAAGAGCAGAGUGCCCGUAUGCUCGGUCAUCUCGUCUCCAAUGCCCCCCGACUCAUACGACCGUAUAUGGAGCCCAUCCUCAAGGCUCUGAUCCUCAAACUGAAAGACCCAGACCCUAACCCUGGAGUGGUCAUCAGUGUCCUUGCAACUAUUGGCGAGUUGGCUCAGCCUGUGCAGGUGUGUCAGGGGUCUCAUCAGGAAAGCACAGUGAGAGGCAGACAAAGUCUUCAGUACAAUGCAGGAGAUGCUCAGGUGGACCAAGAGUUCACGGUUGACUCAGUGCAGGAAGAGGCAGGAGGCUGGCUGCUCCGGAGCCGGCACAGGGAGACUCAGGAAAAUGUGAGCGGCUUGGAGAUGAGAAAGUGGAUGGACGAGCUUUUUCCCAUCAUCAUGGACAUGCUGCAGGACUCCUCCUCUUUGGCCAAACGACAGGUGGCGCUGUGGACACUGGGCCAGCAGGUGGCUAGCACAGGUUAUGUGGUGGAGCCUUACCGCAAGUACCCCUCCCUCCUGGAGGUGCUGCUGAACUUUCUCAAGACGGAACAAAACCAGGGCAUCAGGAGAGAGGCUAUCCGGGUACUAGGUCUUCUUGGAGCUCUGGACCCCUACAAGCACAAGGUCAACAUCGGCAUGAUUGACCAGUCCAGAGACGCCUCAGCUGUCAGUCUGUCUGAGUCCAAGUCCAGUCAGGACUCAGCGGAUUACAGCACCAGUGAGAUGCUGGUGAAUAUGGGCAACCUGCCCCUGGAUGAGUUUUACCCCGCAGUGGCAAUCGUCACUCUGAUGCGCAUCCUCAGAGACCCUUCACUCUCCAACCACCACACCAUGGUCGUCCAGGCGGUCACCUUCAUUUUCAAGUCUCUGGGUCUCAAGUGUGUCCAGUUUCUGCCCCAGGUCAUGCCCACUUUCCUCAAUGUCAUCCGGGUCUGUGACGCCAGUAUCAGAGAGUUCCUCUUCCAACAGAUGGGAAUGGUGGUGUGCUUUGUAAAGAUCCACAUCCGUCCCUACAUGGACGACAUCUUCACUCUCAUCAGGGAGUACUGGACACCAAACAACCCCAUGCAGAACACAAUCAUCCUCCUGAUCGAGCAGAUUGUUGUGGCGCUGGGUGGAGAGUUCAAGCUCUACCUGCCUCAGCUCAUCCCACACAUGCUGCGAGUCUUUAUGCACGACAACAGCACAGGGCGCAGUGUGACCAUCAAGCUGCUCAAUGCAAUCCAGCUGUUUGGUGCCAACCUGGACGACUACCUGCACUUGCUUCUGCCUCCCAUUGUGAAGCUGUUUGAUGCCCCUGAUGUGCCGCUGCAGGCGCGCAAAGUUUCCUUGGAGACACUGGACCGGCUGACAGAGUCCCUGGACUUCACCGACUACGCCUCACGCAUUAUCCACCCAAUUGUUCGGACACUUGACAGUACGCCAGAGCUGCGCUCCACCUCUAUGGACACCCUGUCCUCGCUUGUGUUCCAGCUGGGCAAAAAGUACCAGAUCUUCAUCCCUAUGGUGAACAAAGUGAUGCUGAAGCACAGGAUCAACCACCAGCGUUAUGACAUACUCAUAUGUCGCAUUGUUAAGGGCUACACUCUGGCUGAGGAGGAAGAGGACCCUCUAAUCUUCCAGCACCGCCAGCGUGGCAACCAAGGUGAUACUCUGGUCAGCGGGCCGGUGGAGGCCGGGCCCAUGAAGAAGCUUCACGUCAGCACGACUGCUCUUCAGAAGGCCUGGGGUGCAGCCAGGAAGGUGUCCAAAGACGACUGGCUGGAGUGGCUGAGGCGCUUGAGUGUCGUUUUGCUGAAGGAAUCAUCUUCCCCGGCCCUGCGAUCAUGCUGGUCCCUGGCCCAAACCUACAUCCCUUUGGCCAGGGAUUUGUUCAACGCCGCCUUCCUGUCCUGUUGGUCUGAGCUGAGUGAGGACCAGCAGGAUGAGCUCAUCCGCAGCAUUGAGCUUGCCCUUACAUCCCAGGACAUUGCUGAGGUCACACAGACUCUGCUCAACCUGGCAGAGUUCAUGGAGCACAGUGACAAGGGCCCUCUGCCCCUCAGAGACGAUAAUGGCAUUGUGCUUCUGGGAGAGAGAGCUGCAAAAUGUCGAGCCUACGCCAAGGCUCUACAUUACAAAGAGCUGGAGUUCCAGAAAGGUGCAUCUCCUCUCAUAUUGGAGUCUCUUAUCAGCAUCAACAAUAAAUUGCAGCAGCCAGAAGCAGCAUCAGGAGUGCUGGAGUACGCCAUGAAACAUUUCGGUGAACUGGAAAUCCAAGCCACCUGGUAUGAGAAGCUCCAUGAGUGGGAGGAUGCUCUCGUAGCUUACGACAAAAAAAUCGACAUGAACAAAGAGGAUCCAGAGCUCAUCCUGGGCAGAAUGCGCUGCUUGGAGGCCCUGGGAGAAUGGGGCCAGUUGCACCAGCAGUGCUGUGAGGAGUGGACACUGGUGAGCGAGGAAACCCAGGCCAAGAUGGCUCGUAUGGCUGCUGCUGCCGCCUGGGGACUAGGGCACUGGGACAGCAUGGAGGAGUACACAUGCAUGAUCCCCAGAGACACUCAUGACGGUGCGUUUUAUAGAGCAGUGCUCGCUCUGCAUCAGGACCUCUUCUCAUUGGCCCAGCAGUGUAUUGACAAAGCAAGAGACCUCCUGGAUGCCGAGCUGACGGCCAUGGCUGGAGAGAGCUACAGUCGUGCCUACGGGGCGAUGGUGUCUUGCCAGAUGCUAUCAGAGCUGGAGGAAGUGAUUCAGUACAAGCUGGUGCCUGAGAGGAGGGACAUCAUCAGGGAGACAUGGUGGGAGAGGCUUCAGGGAUGUCAGCGGAUCGUGGAGGACUGGCAGAGGAUCCUGAUGGUCAGAUCUCUCGUCAUCAGCCCUCAUGAGGACAUGAGGACGUGGCUGAAGUAUGCCAGUCUCUGUGGGAAGAGUGGACGCCUGGCUCUGGCCCACAAAACCCUGGUGCUCCUUCUUGGUGUCGACCCCUCCAAGCAACUUGAUCAUCCACUGCCCACAGCCCACCCACACGUCACCUACGCUUACAUGAAGUACAUGUGGAAGAGUACCCGCAAGAUUGAUGCCUUCCAGCACAUGCAGCACUUUGUGCAGGGUAUGCAGCAGCAGGCCCAGCACGCUAUAGCAGCUGAAGACCAGCAGCACAAACUGGAGCUCCACAAACUCAUGGCCAGAUGUUUCUUGAAGCUCGGGGAGUGGCAGCUCAGUCUGCAGGGCAUCAACGAGAGCACCAUCCCCAAAGUCCUGCAGUAUUACAGCCACUCCACUGAGCAUGACCGUAACUGGUACAAGGCCUGGCACGCCUGGGCUGUGAUGAACUUUGAAGCAGUGCUGCACUACAAACACCAGAAUCAAGGACGAGACGAGAAGAAGAAGCUGCGACAUGCAAGUGGUGCCAGCGCCAACAGUGAAGCUAGCAAUAGCGACAGCGAGGUGGACAGCACUGACCACAGUCCCGUGCCCUCACCGGGACAGAAGAAGGUCAAUGAGGAUCUCUCAAAGACGUUGCUCAUGUACACUGUUCCCGCUGUUCAAGGCUUCUUCCGCUCCAUAUCCCUGUCCAGAGGCAAUAACCUGCAGGACACACUCAGGGUUCUGACUCUGUGGUUUGAUUACGGUCACUGGCCUGAAGUGAACGAAGCUCUGGUGGAGGGCAUAAAGACCAUUCAGAUAGACACUUGGCUGCAGGUGAUCCCACAACUCAUCGCUCGUAUUGACACUCCUCGAGCCCUCGUGGGUCGCCUUAUCCACCAGCUGCUGACAGACAUUGGACGGUAUCAUCCCCAAGCUUUGAUCUACCCGCUGACUGUGGCCUCCAAGUCCACCACCACAGCCCGACACAAUGCUGCUAACAAGAUCCUGAAGAACAUGUGUGAACACUGCAACACGUUGGUUCAACAGGCCAUCAUGGUGAGCGAGGAGCUCAUCCGAGUGGCCAUCCUGUGGCAUGAGAUGUGGCACGAGGGCCUUGAAGAGGCUUCACGUCUCUACUUUGGUGAGCGCAAUGUCAAGGGCAUGUUCGCUGUGCUUGAGCCUCUGCACGCCAUGAUGGAGAGAGGACCACAGACCCUUAAAGAGACGUCUUUCAACCAGGCCUAUGGCAGGGACUUGAUGGAGGCCCAGGACUGGUGCAGGAAGUACAUGCGCUCUGGAAAUGUCAAAGACCUGACCCAGGCCUGGGAUCUCUACUACCAUGUGUUCAGACGCAUCUCUAAACAGCUGCCGCAGCUGACCUCCCUGGAGCUACAAUAUGUGUCUCCAAAGCUGCUGAUGUGUCGGGACCUCGAGCUGGCUGUACCAGGCACUUAUGACCCCAACCAGCCUAUCAUCCGCAUCCAGUCCAUCGCCCCCUCCCUGCAGGUCAUCACCUCCAAGCAGCGCCCACGCAAACUCACAAUCAUGGGCAGCAACGGCCACGAGUUCAUGUUCCUGUUGAAGGGCCACGAGGACCUGCGGCAGGACGAGAGAGUCAUGCAGUUGUUUGGUUUGGUCAACACACUGCUGGCCAACGACCCAGCAUCCUUACGCAAGAACCUCAGCAUUCAGCGCUACGCUGUGAUCCCCCUGUCCACCAACUCGGGCCUGAUUGGCUGGGUGCCCCACUGUGACACCCUGCACGCCCUCAUCAGAGACUACAGAGAGAAGAAGAAGAUUUUGCUCAACAUUGAACAUCGCAUUAUGCUCAGGAUGGCCCCGGACUACGACCACCUGACACUGAUGGAGAAGGUGGAGGUGUUCGAGCAUGCUGUCAACAACACGGCCGGAGAUGACCUUGCUAAACUCUUGUGGCUCAAGAGCCCCAGCUCUGAGGUGUGGUUUGACAGGAGGACCAAUUACACCCGCUCUCUGGCUGUGAUGUCCAUGGUGGGCUACAUCCUCGGACUGGGUGACAGACAUCCAUCCAACUUGAUGUUGGACCGAUUGAGCGGCAAGAUCCUUCACAUCGACUUUGGUGACUGUUUUGAGGUCGCCAUGACCCGAGAGAAGUUCCCUGAAAAGAUCCCUUUCAGACUGACAAGGAUGCUGACCAACGCCAUGGAGGUGACGGGCUUGGAUGGAAACUACCGGAUCACCUGCCACACUGUGAUGGAGGUCCUGAGGGAGCACAGGGACAGUGUCAUGGCUGUGCUGGAGGCCUUCGUUUACGACCCGCUGCUCAACUGGAGGCUCAUGGACACAAACACCAAAGGCAACAAGCGUUCCCGCACCAGGACCGACUCGUAUACAGCUGGGCAGUCAGUGGAAGCACUUGAGGGGAUAGACCUCGGAGAGACAACACACAAGAAACCAGGGACCACCGUGCCUGAAUCCAUCCAUUCCUUCAUUGGAGACGGCUUGGUACAACCUGAGGCACUCAAUAAGAAAGCCAUUCAGAUUAUCAACAGAGUGAGAGACAAACUUACAGGUCGAGACUUUUCUCACGACGAGACUCUGGAUGUGCCAACACAAGUGGAACUGCUCAUCAAGCAGGCCACGUCACAUGAAAACCUGUGCCAGUGCUACAUCGGAUGGUGCCCGUUCUGGUGAAGAAUCAGCAGCCAAGGUCACACUCGACUGGAAAACCAAGAGGAAGCACUCGACUCAAAGAGGUGUCCACUGAAAAAUGUACUGAGGGCACGGAGAACGAUGUGUUUGCUUGUCUGUUGUAGAAUGCUCACUUUUUUCUGUGAAGGGUUUAUGGUGGAGGAUCUGAAGAGACGUGUUUUUAUCUGAGGAUUAUAAUUUAACUUGAAGUGCUGCCAUUGCUUCCAAUCAUUUUCUGCUUUUAAUGCCAUAUUUGCUAAAAGCUUUGUACUGCGGCCAUAUAAGUUGACAUUUCCUACUUCACACACUGUCUGUUGUAUCAUUGUAUAUUAAUGUGAAGAUUUUCAACGACAUGGUCUACCUUUAACUAACUUAACAAGGUUCUUACAGUUUACUCACCACACGCUAGAAGUCUGAUUUUACUUGAGAUGAUCACAUGAGCUGUUUGAGAGUGUGUGUGCCAUUAAACCGUGUACAGGUACCUCAGUGA